GGGGAACGUUACGUGGCCGAUUGCGCACAUCGUUUUUCACGAAGACGAUGGGUCGUUUCGGUUUUGCUGCCAUCCUGCUGGUCGGCUUCGUAGCCGUUGUGGCAUCUCAGCGCACCAACGACCGCCGUCAGCAGAGGGGGGACGCACCUGCGCCGAAUCGACCGUGCACCAUGCAGCAGCAUGGCAGAUCUGCCCACAUCUGCCCAUACUGAGUGUUUUCUCUGCUCUUUUGUCCAUACGGAUGGAUGGCUGAUGUAUGGCUGCAGAGGUGUCGGUGGCUGCUCAUGAGGACGGUAGGUGUUCUUGCCGGCGCCGGAUCCUCCAUCCGACUGCACUGCAUCCAGCGCAUCGCAUAUGUAUGUCUAUUUUUGCAGGUGGGGAGGUGUCUGCGGCAAUAGGUCUGCGGCGUUCGUGCAGCUGCAGCUGGACCACGCCAAGAGCACCCUCACGGCCGCUUGUGAUCUGAUCACCGCCGCCAUCAACACCAUCGACACGGCCCACCGGACCAUCAUCUCAAAACCAGGUCAGCUCGGUCACAUGGCACGUAUACGCCCUGGCCACAGGUGGGUGUGUGUAUGCGUGUGUGUGUGUGUGCAUGUGUGUGUGUGUAUGUGUGUGCAAAAGGGGCUUCAUGCGGUUACGACGAUUUCGGCGACGAAUCCGGUGCCGGCGUGACUCUCUGCGGCGGCGAGGACGAAGUGUGUCUCAUUGAAAUGGCGGAUUCGUUCGGAGGUUAUGGCAAGUGCAUCAAGGAGAGCGAGGUAAAGGGAAAGCACGCGCCCUGCGACGGGGAGAAGGGAAUCUGGAAGAAUUGGGGGGGCAAGUUCCUCUGCAGCUAGCUGAUGGGGUGGAUCCAGCUCGAUAGUAAGUAGGGUGGGGCUGAGUGGGGUGGGGCUCGUACGGGGAUCACUCCACUUGUCUGUCUGCCUGUCUGCAUGAUGGAUGGGUUUUAAAACACGUGUGCUCUAUUUGUGUGUGCCUGUGGUGUGACGUGUUGUGGUCUGCCGCUCUCCUUCUUUUCCGGUGAGUAUAGACAGCGCAGAGGAGACUCGAUGGAUGGAUGGAUGGCCUGUCUGUCUGUGAAUCGGUGGUAGGAGGGCUGUCGCCGUACACGUCGCAUCAGAGAGAGGGACCGUCGUGUGUCGCGCUCUAUACCGACCGGUGUGCAUAUUCGUGUGGGUACAUAAUGGUGAGGGACGCACGGACGCAUCAAUUACUGGUGGAAGAAGG